AUGUUAAGUCGUGCGAGGCCGAGUCUGAGACAGGGACUCGACCGCGACGUCUAUCAGAUUGUGCGCAAGCUAGAGGACGAUUUGGAGGGCACGAAGACCAGCAAGAACCUACGUAUCUCUACCGUCUAUGAUUAUAUCAAGCACUCAAACUCGAGCUUGGCAAGGCAAAAGAAGCGGCCGCUCGAGGAUGCGAUUGAGAGGGUCCUCACGUUCAGGAAGGAUGAGCUGAAGGAGGACGACUCGGACGCGGAGCUGGAAGCCAACGCUGCUAAGUCGCCCGGCCAUGCGCAUGAGCGCGACUCGUUUAUCUUGAACAAGCAGCUCACGAAGCGUUGGAAUUUCGCCUCCGGCAGUGCUCCUUCGUCAUCUGGGAGGCAGUCGCCUGCUAUUACCGGGGCCGGGCCCAUGGACGUGGACGGCGGGAGCGUUGCCGUCAGCGGCAGUGUGAACGGUGCUAUUGAGCGGCAGCCCAACGGCGAGUCAAAGGCCAAGCGGCGGAGGAAGGAGAAGGAUUACGACCGGAGUCCCCCUACGGGCGUCUCCAUUGCCGACAUGGCUGGAAUCCAGCCCGUGCUCAAGAGGCUGUACAAUCCCGUCUACCUGCCCUUGACGCAUGGUGACAUCUUUGCCAGGCUGAACUAUCGCUUUAAUGACGGCGUACUGCUCCAUGGCCCCUCCGGCUGUGGAAAGACCACGCUGGCGGACGCCCUCGCAGCCGCCCUUGGUGUCGCUUACAUACCUAUCUCCGGCCCUUCCUUGGUGGCGGGAACUUCGGGCGAAUCUGAGAAGAACAUCCGAGAGCUAUUCGAUGAGGCUAUCAGACUCGCCCCAUGCCUAAUUUUCAUUGAUGAAAUUGACUCUAUCGCCGGCAAGCGAGACAGUGCACAAAAGGCCAUGGAGAACCGAAUGGUUACAGAAAUCAACCGAGGAAUGGACAGGAUAGCCCGCGACACUGGCGAGGGCAAGUACGUCGUGGUGCUGGCGGCCACGAACAGGCCCGACAGCAUCGAGCCUGUCAUCAGGCGGCGGUUUGCACACGAGGUUGACAUGGGCAUGCCUGAUGAGAAAGCUCGCGAGCAGAUCCUGCGAGCGAUGACACGCGAGCUGCCAUUAGCAGACGAUGUGGACUUUGCAGCGCUUGCUCGCCUUACACCUGGAUACGUCGGUGCGGAUUUGAAGCAUGUGGUGGACACGGCUGUCUUCGAGGUGGUCCAGUCCGUCGUGGACAACCGCUUGACUGAGACAAGAGCGCAGGAUCCCGAUGCGCUCCCUGGUCUGGAUGUUGCACAACAGAACUGGCUUCUUCUCAAAGAUAGGCCUUUCGAGCAGGAAGGGAACAUCUACGUUACAUUAGAUCAUCUCAAGCACGCAGUCUCUCUUAUCCAGCCUGCCGCGAAGAGAGAAGGAUUCAGCACCAUACCCGACACCACGUGGUCUAACGUCGGCGCCCUUCACGAAGUGAGAACGAAGCUGGAGAUGACGAUCAUCGGGCCCAUCACGAAGCCCGAGCGCUUCGCAGAGGUUGGCAUACAGACAGCCGCCGGCAUUUUACUUUGGGGGCCGCCGGGCUGCGGAAAGACCCUGGUGGCCAAGGCCGUGGCGAACGAGUCCAAGGCCAACUUCAUCUCGAUCAAGGGUCCCGAGCUAUUGAACAAGUACGUGGGUGAGUCUGAGCGGGCCGUUCGGCAGCUGUUCGGCCGGGCCAAGUCGUCCGCGCCGUGCAUCCUGUUCUUCGACGAGAUGGACGCCCUCGUGCCGCGGCGCGACGACAACCUCAACGACGCCAGCGCCCGCGUCGUCAACACGCUGCUGACGGAGCUGGACGGUGUUGGUGACCGCAGCGGCAUCUACGUCAUCGGCGCGACCAACAGACCGGACAUCAUCGACCCAGCUAUCCGGCGGCCAGGCCGGCUGGGCACGAGCAUCUACGUGGGACUGCCGUCGCCUGACGAGCGCGUGGACAUCCUGCGGACCAUCUACCGCAACACCAUCAAGAACAAGAGCAAUGGCGGCGGCGGCGGCGGCGGCGGCGGCGGAGCAGUCGACCCCAUCGACCUGGACAAGAUCGCACGGGACAGGCGGUGCACGGGCUUCUCGGGUGCGGACCUGGGCAACCUCAUGCAGGCGGCGGCGCAGGCGUGCCUGCAGCGGACGUACGACGAGGAGGGCACGCCGCACAUCACGAUGGACGACUGGGAGAAGGCGUUGCGCGAGGUCAAGCCCAGCGUGACGGACAUUUCCAAGUACCUCGAGCUGCUUGCGUAG